AUGGCGCCCGCAAAUACUAACGCCGAGGCGGCGGCCGAGACCCGCCGCCUCAAAGAGCUCAACGCGGACGUCCGCGACCAAGAAGACCUGGAGAGGGAUAUUACCAAGCAGGCAGAUAAGAUCCUGCUGGAGAAGGCAGAAGAAAACGACUCGAGGCGGCUCGAGUCGGCCUUGCUCGAAAAAGAGAAGGCCGAGGCUCUGCUUGGCCAGGCGCGUGCGCGCCUGAACCAGCAUGUAAGCGGGCCGACUCGACGCCGUCUCGAGUCGGAGGUCAAGAAGCAGGAGGCUCGCAGGACCGAGCGCCUGAAGGAUAUCAAAGAUAUUACCGACCGGAUCGACGAACGGCGCAAGACUGCUGAGGAGAAUAUGGGGGGCAUUACUGGCCCGGGGCGGCUGCCCAACGAGACGCGGCGUGACUACCUGCUGCGGACGGGCAAGAUCACGCCCUUCGAGCUCAUGAAUGCCACGGGUCCGGAGGGUCUACCCUCGCACCUCGAAGAUGCCCUUGUCGAUGUCGAAGACCAGCAUGAUGAGCGGGAGGAGAAGAAGAAGCCGGGCUACGAGCCCGAAGCACACCGACACCUCCACCGUCCUGGUAUGGACUUCGGCGAGUCCAGUGGCGAGAGCAGCCAAGCCGAAGGCAGCCGGAAGCGCAGGAAGCUGUCACCACAGCCGAAGAAAGAGUCAAUCAAGUCCCGUACUGCGGGUUCUUCAGAUGUUGACUCCUCAGCUAGCUACGUUGCUUCGGAAGACGACCAUGCUUCGUCGGAGGAUGAGGAGGAAUUUAUGCCAGAUACCAUCCCGGAGUCCACUGCAGCUCGUAAGCGCAAACAGGACAAGACCGGAGCUGAAAAAGAUCUUGAAGAUCUCAGCGGUCUGGAUGAUGGCAAUGAAAAACUCUACCAGAAGCGCCUCCAAGAUUGGAUCAGCCGUCGCAGCACUGCUCGGAAGCGUGCUCAAGGGGACGAAGAAGCAGACGAAGUCGACGACGACCGUUCUGAAUGGCUCAAGCCACAUCCUACCGAGCCUGAUAUGGAAUUGAAUGGCCUACGGGUCCCCGGCGAUGUCAGCCGCUUCCUCUUUUCUUAUCAGAAGACCGGUGUUCAGUGGCUUUGGGAACUCCACCAACAAUCAGUUGGUGGUAUCAUCGGAGACGAAAUGGGUCUUGGAAAGACAAUCCAGACCAUUGCCUACCUCGCAUCGCUGCACCAUAGCGACAUGUUCACCAAGCCAGCGAUCGUCGUCUGUCCUGCAACCCUGAUGAAGCAAUGGGUGAACGAAUUCCACCGGUGGUGGCCUGCAUUCCGGGUCUCGAUCUUGCACUCUUCCGGGAGUGGUAUGAUGAACCUCGGAAAGGAAAGCAGUCGGGAAGAUGCACUCACUUCUGCGGAGAUGGAUACCCACCGCAGCCGCGGAUUGACUGCCGGGCAGAAGGCCGCUCGAAAGAUCAUCAAUCGUGUGACCAGAGAGGGUCAUGUAUUGGUGACUACCUACUCGGGCUUGCAGUCAUACGCGGAUGCUCUUGUGGGCGUGGAAUGGGGCUGUGCCAUCCUCGACGAAGGCCACAAAAUUCGCAAUCCGGAUGCCGGCAUUACUUUCAGUUGCAAGGAACUUCGCACACCCCACCGCAUCAUUCUCUCCGGCACCCCCAUGCAGAACAGCCUGGUGGACCUGUGGUCCCUCUUCGACUUCGUCUUCCCUUUGCGCCUGGGCACCCUCGUCAGCUUCAAAAACUCCUUCGAAAUCCCCAUCCGACAGGGCGGAUAUUCCAUGGCAACAAAUUUGCAGAUUCAAACCGCAGCGAAAUGUGCGGAAACCCUGAAGAACGCCAUCAGCCCUUAUCUUCUGCAGCGAUUCAAGGCUGAUGUGGCCGCUGAUCUCCCCCAGAAGACCGAACAAGUGAUUUUCUGCAAGAUCACUCCUAUCCAGAGAACUGCCUACAGAAGAUUCCUGGAUUCCGAUGAUAUGAAGUCGAUCAUUCGGGGGAGAAGGAAUUCCCUCUUUGGUAUUGACAUUCUUCGGAAGAUCUGCAACCACCCCGAUCUCGCCGACCAUAAACUGCGAGCCCGUGAAGCUGAUUACGGCCAAGGCGAGCGUUCCGGAAAGAUGCAGGUGUUGAAAGGACUCCUCGAGGUGUGGAAAGACACUGGCCAUAAAACCCUUCUCUUCGCCCAGACUCGUCAAAUGUUGGAUAUUAUUCAAAAAUUCCUGCAGACGCUGGGCGGCUUCACCUAUCGCCGAAUGGAUGGUAGUACCCCCAUCAAGCUCCGGCAGCAAAUGGUCGACGAGUUCAACAAGGACCCCGACAUUCACGUCUUCCUUCUUACCACCCGAGUCGGCGGUAUCGGCGUUAACCUCACAGGCGCCAACCGCGUCAUCAUCUUCGACCCCGACUGGAAUCCUUCUACCGACAUGCAGGCCCGUGAGCGAGCAUGGCGCCUCGGCCAGAAGCGAGACGUCACAAUUUUCCGUCUUAUGACCAAGGGAACAAUUGAAGAAAAGAUCUACCACCGGCAGGUUUUCAAGCAAUUUCUGACCAACAAGAUCACCCGAGACCCACACCAGAGAGAGGGUUUUGAACUAAGUGAUCUGUACGAUCUCUUCACCCUGGCAGACGAGAACGACAACGAACUAGAAACGGAGAAAAGGUUCAAAAACGCCGAAGUGACUUUCAAAGAAGAGAAAAAGGAGGGCCCUAAGAAGGGCACCUGGACAAAGCCUUCCUCUUCAGAGGCACCGGCAGAGGACGUCACGGCCGUGGAGGGAGUCGCCAACGUAGAGGAAUUCAAGACCACCGGCGACGAUGCCGAGAAAGAAGACAACGCCAAAACCGCCGAAGACCGGAUUAUGCACGGCAUCUUCUCUCGCACCGGCGUCCACUCUGCCGUCGAGCAUGAUCAAAUUGUGAACGGCAAGCGAGUUCUGAGUGGCGAUCGCAAGAUGAUCGAAGCCGCCGCCCGUCGCGUGGCAGCCGAGAGUGAAGAAGCACUCCGGAAAGCCGAAGAGGAAGCUCGCUCAGUCCCGAUCGGCCUCCCUACCUGGACCGGCCGAUUCGGCGUUGCGGGACGAUCUGAGAACCGCGGUGGAAGCUCUGCCCGACCUACUGGGGGCCCGUCGUCGAGCAAUUUGCUGGCGAACUUGAAUCCGAGCGCAACCCUUGGCGGUCCUUCCACCCCGGCUACGACCCGCAUGCCCCGUGGGAAUGAUUUCAUUCCCAUGAUUAAGGAGUUUCUCGAGUCUCGGCGUGGAAAGGCAUUUACGCAGAACAUUGUGGACCACUUCAAUCCCUACUGCGUAAAUGACCAGCGCGUGGCCGAGUUCCAAUCCCGGUUAAAGUCGGUAGCAACCCUGAGCAGAGAUCGGGCCGGUCGUGGCGUUUGGACCCUGAAGAAGUAG